GCAUGCUCCAAAACCAAAUUGCAAAUUGAUGAGGAGGAGAUAAAGAAGAAAGAAAUUAAGUCUUGUGAGAUUUACUAGCUGGAAAGUGUGGAAAAAGGAAAGAGCUAGCUCAGCCAUCCAUCCAUGAGUGCGAGCAACUCUUCUGCCUACCGAUCGGAGCGGAGUUUUCAUCAGACGUCGUCCUCGUCCUCCUCCUCCAGUAAGCCGUACGUGGAGAAGAGUCACGGGAUGUUUUCCGAGGACUUUGGCCCCUUCAUGAGGCCUGGGGGAGACAAAUUUUCCAGCGGGAGCGGCAAAAUCAAAGCGCUCGGAGAUUCCUACCAGUUUACCGUGGACGUUCGAGACUUCUCCCCUGAAGAUGUCAUCGUCACCACAUCCAACAACCAAAUUGAAGUCCGUGCGGAAAAAUUGGCCCAGGAUGGUUCCGUGAUGAACACCUUCACCCACAAGUGUCAGCUACCUGAGGACGUGGACCCCACCUCUGUGACAUCAUCACUCGGCCCCGAGGGGACGCUAACGGUCCGGGCGCGGCGACAACCGGCCAAACAUGAGCACGCACAGACCUUCCGCACGGAAAUCAAGAUUUAGACAAACAUUCACGUUCCAAAAUGGCUUCUUUUCUUGUAUUAUAGUAGCAGUUGUGUGAAUAAAAUGCUCACGCUUU